AUGAAAAGUAAGAGAAAAAAGGCAGCAGCAGGCAUAGGUAGAGAAAAAGAAAGGAAAGGAGAAACGGGGAUUUACAGCAAGGUGAAGACCCAUGAUGGGUUAGGAAUGAGGAACGCCAACGACUCUCAAUUUGUCAUAGGAUCUCAAGGAUUAGCAAUGACUCCAAGGAGACUACAAACACAGGUCACAAGAAAACCUAGGCUCUUAUACCAUGUCAAACAAAGUAGGGCAAAUAUUUAG